AUGGUUGCUAAGAAGGGACGUCGAGAUUCUUCAGAGUCUUCUCCGAUUGUAGAGGUCGGAGAGAUAGACACAAGUGCUCCUUUUCAAUCAGUCAAAGAUGCGGUUAACCUUUUCGGUGAAGCUGCCUUUUCAGCUGAAAAGCCCAUCAUCAUUCGAAAAGCCAGUCCUCAAUCCGCUGAGGUAAGAUUUGAUUUCACAAACAAUCUGAGUGAGUUGAGAGGUUUUUUCAAGUCUAAGUUGUGUUGUGGGGGUUUGCAGAAAGUUUUGGUGAAGCAAACAGAGCUUCACUUGGCGCAGAGAGAGCUGAACAAGUUAAAGGAAAAGCUUAAGAAUGCUGAAACGAUCAGGGAGCAAGCUUUGAGUGAGCUCGAGUGGGCUAAAAGAACUGUUGAUGAGCUUACUCGUAAGCUUGAAGCUGUUAAUGAAUCGAGAGACUCUGCGAAUAAAGUGACUGAAGCUGCCAAGAGUCAAAUCCAAGAAGCGAAACCGGGGAAUGUUUCUGUGUCUAGUAGUGAUGAUGCUCACUCUCGGGAUAUGGAACAGUACGGGACGGUAUGCAAGGAGCUUGAUACAGCGAAGCAGGAGCUGAGAAAGAUCCGUCAGGUUUCGAAUGAGGUUUCGGAUUCAAAGACUGUUGCUUUAACCAAAGUAGAGGAAGCCAAGGAAGUGACUAAAGUUAACACUGAGAGGAUUGAGUUGCUUAGAAAGGAAAUCGCAGCUGUUAAUGAAUCAGUUGAACAGACGAAGUUUGCGUGCUCUCAAGCGCGAAAAGAACAGUCUGAGAUCUUUGCAGAGAAAGAGAUCCAUCAGCAGUCGUAUAAAGCUGGCAUGGAAGAAUCCGCCAAGAAGUUGCUCGCUUUGAAGGAAGAGUUUGAUCCUGAAUUUGCGAAAAAGCUUGAAGCGCAGUUGACUGAGACGUAUAACGAGAUUGAUGAAUUGCAGAAGCAAAUGGACACUGCGAAGGCAUCGGAUAUGGAUUCAGUUAACGGUGUGAGCUUGGAGUUAAAUGAAGCAAAGGGUUUGCUCGAGCGAUUUGUGGAAGAAGAGAAGUCUCUGCAAGGGUCAGUGGAGUCUCUUAAAGCAGAACUGAAGAACGUGAAGACGGAGAACGAUGAAGUUGAAGCGAAGGAGGCUGAAAUCGAAUCUGUCGCUGGAGAUCUUCAUCUGAAGCUAAGCAAACGCAAGACUGAGCUAGAGGAAUGUGUUGAAGAGGAAUCUAAAGCAAAGGCUGCUUUGGAAGAUAUGAUGUUAACCUUGAAUCAGAUAACUUCCGAGACGGAAGCUGCUCGACGAGAAGCUGAGGCAAUGAGAAACAAAGCCGAAGGGUUAAUGAAGGAAGCAGAAACCGCGCAUCUCACGCUUGAAGACACAGAGCUACAUUUGAGGGUUGCUCUAGAUGAAGCUGAAGAAGCAAAAGCUGCAGAGACAAAGGCGCUUGAGAUGAUAAAGUCAGUGUCUGAGAAAACCAACGCUGCGCGGAACUCGACAUCAUCUGAGUCUGGAGCUCAGAGCAUAACGCUGUCUCAGGAGGAGUUUAAGUCUCUGAGCAAGAGAGCUGAGGUAUUCGAUAAGUUAGCGGAUAUGAAGGUGGCGGCUGCAAUGGCUCAGGUGGAAGCAGUGAGAGCUAGCGAAAACGAGACACUGAAGAAGCUAGAGACAACACAAGGGGAGAUUGAGAAGCUAAAGACUGCAACACAGGAGGCACUGAAGAAAGCAGCAAUGGCUGAUGCUGCAAAGAAAGCGGUUGAAGGAGAGCUCAGGAGGUGGCGGGAAAGAGAUCAGAAGAAAGCAGAGGAAGCGGCGUCGAGGAUUCUUGCGGAGGCAGAGGCGAAGAUGUCCGCUGAAUCAUCACCACCACAACAUCACUACAAAGCUACGAAGCAGAAACCUAUACAUAACAAACUGGAGAAGACGAAAACUUCAGUGGUAUCAAAGAAAGUGCUUCUGCCGAAUCUAAGUGGAAUCUUUAAUAGAAAGAAGAAUCAAGUGGAGUGGGGUUCUCCUUCUUACCUCCCUGGAGAGAAACCCCUUUGA